GAUGCCGUUCGCGAAGCGGAUGGUGGAGCCGCAGCUGCUGUGCAGGCACGCCGACGAGGGCUCGCUCUUCGAGGACCUGCGCUCCAUCAGCAACGUGGCGCUCGCGCGCAGCCUCCGCCAGCUCGCCGACCUGGCCCGGCACGCGCGCUCCGUCUUCCAGGAGCUCGAGGACGACGUCGUCGCCACGAGCCAGCGCGUGCGCCUGCUGCAGGGCAAAAUAGGCCAGAUGCAGCAGACCGCGAGCGCGCUCGAUCCCAAACUGGAAGCCGUGCCGGUGUCGAACCUGGACGCAGAGAGUAAGUUAACAUCCCACUAUCAGGCCCCAUGGCAUCAGCAGCACAACUUGUUUCACCCCAGCACACGGUUGCCAUGUCUGGAAGAGCUGCACCGCCAUGCCCAGUUCAGUCUACGGGCACUGCACAGAGAGCAGCGUCAGCGUUCAACCAGCAGAGAGCGAAAUCGAGUCACCAUAUCCAUCUCGGUGGCUCCGCCCAUGCCCACAUUCCCCUCCCCUCACUCCAUCAGGAGGCAGGACCAGAAGAGUCGACACUCACGUAUGGUGGACAGAGCUGAAUAUCAGACGAUGCAGAGGAAGGAAAUAGGCAUCAGAGAGUCAGACAUGCAAACUCUCCCCAGGAAAGUUAUCCAGCAGGAGAGACCUUCGAGAGAGGUAGAGCUUCAGCCAGCACAGAGAAAGCAUGAGUGCUGUCGUUCCACUUCCCCUCCAACUUGUUGUGUGUUCAUCCCCUGGAUGCGAAAGGUUGGAACCAAUACAACUACAGAUGGGGAGUUGGUGGCUCUGAGCCACAGACCCAAGUGUCCCGUUCCAAACAUUCCCACCACACUGGACAAGCAGACCAACUGGUCGAAAGCGCUACCACUCCCCACACCAGAUGAAAGAAUAAAGAAUGACUCUCAAGUCAUCUCAUCCUGCAUCAUCCCUAUAAAUGUUACUGGUGCAGGAUUUGACCGAGAAGCCAGUGCUCGCUGCUCAUUGGUCCAUUCCCAGUCUGUGUUACAGCGGCGAAGGAAACUAAGGAGACGGAAAACUAUCACAGGAAUUCCCAGACGGGUACAACAAGACAUGGAUUCAGAUGAAUCUCCUGUGGCUCGAGAACGAUCUGUGGUAGCCCAUGGCAACCCACAAAUGUCCCUCUACCAGGAGGAACUGUCACUUAGUGGACGGGCGCUAAACACAAAGGACUCUGGCUGUCAGACUGAUGACUUCUUGAUUGCUGCUCCAUCUCGAAGGCGAAUCCGUGCACAGAGGGGCCAAGGAAUUCCAGCUUCCCUCUCUCACUCCACUGGUAAUAUCACUUCAUUACCAGAUCGCUCUGAUGCAGCCUAUACCACUGCUUUGGGAACUCGUUUGCGUUCAAGAAGUUUGCCCCGAGAAGGAAGUCGACUACGGGACAAUGAUCAAGAUGACAGUGAUGAUGAUGAUGAGGAGGAGGAGGAGGAGGAUGAUGAAGAGCUCUCUCCUUAUGAGGCUGAGGACUUUCUGCCAGGUUCAGGACGAGGGAUGAUAAAGGAUGGGGAGGAGAGCACUGAUGACCAAGCCAUGCCAGAUCUCAAGUUGGAAAGUUUAAAACUUAUACAGCAUGGGGGUAGUUCUGAAAAUGCUUGGAUUGAGAGGGGUAGGUCCCGGUUUCCACGUAACUCUGAUAUGGGAAGCUGUGAGAUCUCCUCCAGUUCAGACACCUUCAGCAGCCCCAUCCACUCAGUUUCCACCACAGGUGUGCUUGGUAGCCAGAUUGACCAUAAAGAAGACCAUCAAUCUUCAAGUGGAAACUGGAGCGGAAGCAGCUCAACAUGCCCAUCGCAGACCUCAGAAACACUUCCACCAGCUGCCUCACCGCCCUUGACUGGUUCCUCACACUGUGAUUCUGAACUGUCUCUCAACACAGGGUCUCAUAUAAUUGACGAUACUACUGGAUUCAUAAUUGACCCCUUCCACAUGGACAGGUCACAAGGUCAGGGACACAGGUCCAGUUCAUUCACCUCUUCAGCUACAGAUCAAAUGGAUGAUGCAGGUGUUAGUACUGCUAGUGAUGGGGAGUGGAACUGUAACCAGGACCAGCAGGAUCAACCUUGUCCUCCAGACUUUAGCCCAAAGGGCUCACGGGAAGAUGAAAGUGGCAUAAGCUGUCCCAGUUAUUCAAGUGGAGAAACUUAUGAAUGCUUUAGUGGGCAACCAUCGGGUGAAAUAUUAGAGAGUUCUACACUUUACACUGUUGACACUGAAGGCUUCUACACCUCUGUGCAUUUGGACUGUGGUCUUAAAGGUAGCAGAAGCUAUUGCAACUAUGCAGCCCUUGACCCUGACUGUGGCCCAAGUGGGAACAUUGCACCUGGUAUGGAUGAAUACCCUCAACCAGAUUACAAGGAAAUGAGUACACAUGGAAGAGGAUGUGUUUCUUUAAGAAAACCAAAGGCUAAGCCACCCCCACCAAAACGUAGCUCUUCUUUAAAGGAAACAAGCAGUAGUACGGAUGUUCAAGAGCAGAAUGAACCAAAGAUUAAUAGUGAGCUGCCCCUGCCUUUGUCUUCCAGGGAGAUGAAGCUGCAGCUGGAGUUGGCUGGUUCUGACAGGCACCUAGAUACUGCAGGUCUGUGUGACAAGCAGCUUGGCACCUGGGGUGUAGAGAAUAUCAGAGAUAUGCUAGACUGCUCCUCUCCAUUUAGUUCUUCUGACACACAUUCCUUUAAGGAUGAGGGUGCUGUGCAGUCAGACUAUGCAGACCUUUGGCUCCUUAAUGACUUGAAAUCUAGUGAUCCUUACAGGUCACUGUCUAACUCCAGCACAGCUACGGGUACAACAGUUAUUGAAUGUGUUAAGUCACCAGAGAAUCUGGAAACUCAGGCCUGUUGCCCCAGGUCCAGGCCCACCUCACCAACACUUCCACCACAUGAAGGUGACCUUAGAAUAGGGUCUCCUGAAAAACUUGCAGCACUGGCAUCCCCAUCAAGUGGAUACUCCAGUCAGUCAGAGACACCUACAUCUUCCUUUCCAUCUGCAUUCUUCCCAGCUCCCCUGUCCCCAACGAGUGGCAAGAGGAAACCCAAAGUGCCAGAAAGAAAAUCAUCACUCUCCUCUCUCCAACAGCAGCAGCAGCAUUCAGGCUCUUCUUGCAGGAGAGAUAAUGAUUCCCAGGCACCACCUAGUCACCUUGACCUAAGUGCUCUUCACAUCAAGCCCUUUGCCCACAGGAACCAGAUACACCUCCUUCAUCAAAACAAACAGAAAGCAGCUGCGGCAGCAGCUGCAUUAGCGGAAGCACGUGCUGCCGCGAAUGCAGAAGCAUCCAGCUCAACCCAAACAGUUAUUACUGCUACAGUACUGAAGUCAAUUCACCUGCGAUCCACUGAUAAGCCAGCAGAGAGCAUUUAUAGUUCUGAGCAUUCAAGUGCUGAUCAGUCAACUCGACCCAAGUGUCCGACAGUCACAGUUGAGGCAGUGACUGUGGACAACAGGCAUAACAGGAAACCACCAGCCUACAAACCCCCUGCUGUGCAGCACUGUGAAUCUCAGUGCUCACCUCCAGAAGCCAUCGUUUCACAACAUGAGGGGAUUAAAAUAAGGCAGGAAAAGCACGGCCCAGGAACAUAUUGGGCCAUGACGGCAUUUAGAACUCCUGUGCAACCAACCAAUGAACAGGAAGACUUCUUAGCCCCAACAGCCCAGGCUUGUGAGACCCGUGAUGCUCAGCAAGAAGCAGAGUGCAGAAAGUAUACCGCUGAGGAAGAAGCAUUGUCAACAGAAAGUGAUAAUUGUGAACAUAACCAAGAACCCAGACAACAACCUCUGGCGGAAGCCAGUACACUGUCUCCUCCUGCUUACACCGAAAUACGAAGGAGUGACUUUGUACUGUGCAACAGCCCAGAUAAAGUGCCUGCCAGAAGUUUAGAAGCCUCAUCACGCACUUGCAUAGUUGUUGAAAAUAAAAACAAAGAGGAGGCCUAUGAGACAUGUGUCACUACCAGAAGUGCCUCACAUGAUGGACACGAGGACGAGUCAACUCCAGACACAGAAGACUACUUCAGCAAAGACUCAACGCCUAGUGACAAUUCAAAUUCUCCUCUAACUGAUGACUCUAAGUGUGAUGAUGAUAGUUUAUUCCCUUCGCCUAAUAAACUACGCACGACUGAAGAUCUGUUUGCCAUGAUACACAGAUCAAAGAGGAAAGUUCUUGGGAGGAAAGACUCCGGAGAGCUCAACGGGAAGAGUCGUCUUAGCGUUGCUCCUUCUACUGGUCCAGUCAAUCUUCCUGUAAUGUGUCCAGUCACUCCAACUCUCACAACUCCUGCAUCUGGUUCUCAGAGAGCACCAGGACCCAUUUACCGGAAUGCCAAAAAAUCCAGCACCUCCAAUGAAGAGUUUAAGUUACUGCUGCUAAAGAAGGGCAGUCGCACAGAUACCAGUUACCGCAUGUCUGCAACAGAAAUUCUCAAGAGCCCCAUCACGCCAAAGUCCCUAGGUGACCUAGAGGCUUCCAGGCAAACAGAGGAACCAUCUUCACCAAUGGAGUCUCCAGCCAGCACAGAGCCCCUUCCCAAUACUUUCCCCAGGACAAAUAUUGAGGGUUUCUCAACAAAGACCCUUACUAUGUCCGCUGCCUCUAGGCAAGGUCGUUCUAGGAUCCCACCUGCAGCCAGCAGCAGUAGGUACAGUACUCGCAGCCGGCUAUACACUGCCCCAAUGCAGGCAAUCUCUGAAGGAGAAACUGAAAACUCUGAUGGAAGCCCACAUGAUGACCGCUCCUCCUAGUGUGGAACUAUAUGUCUUUGCUUUUGGCAUUUUUGGUUUUCUAUCAGUCGCAAAACAAUAAAUUCCUCCCAAUGGUCCAUAAAAAAAAUACAAGACAGAAAAUUAAAUUUGAUAUGUGGGCAUAUGCAUAUAUUAAUAUAUAUUUUCCUCAAAUCUAUUCUAUCUUAAAAUUAAGUAAAAAAAAUCAAGUCCCCUUGUUCACUUUGAACAUUUUGCAUUCCAU